AUGAAUUGCUUGGACUUUCUAGAGAAUGGAAUAUGGAUAGUUACUUCAUUGUUGAAUGUUGAUCUCAUUGGUUCAUGUGAGUGGAAACAGAAUAUAUUGCAAAGCAAACAAAGGUCCCACUUAGGUUUGGAUCGAAAAAUCCAUAGACCUCAAGAACAUGUUGAAAAUGAAGCAAAAUAUGAGACAAACAGUGCAUUUGAAUUUAAAGCUACACAAAAUGAUAAAAUAUCUGAGUUAGAGAAACGGAAAAGGAUAUUCAAAAAUAAUUUAGAAUACAUAGAGAAUUUCAACAAUGCUGGUAACAAGAGUUACAAGCUGGGCCUAAAUCAAUAUUCUGAUUUAACUAGUGAUGAGUUUCUUGCUUCACAUACUGGACUCAAAGUUUCUAAACAACUUUCUUCCUCUAAGAUGAGAUCAGCUGCAGUGCCCUUCAACUUGAAUGAUGAUGUUCCAACAAAUUUUGAUUGGAGACAACAAGGAGCUGUUACUGAUGUUAAAGACCAAGGCAGUUGUGGAUGUUGUUGGGCAUUUUCAGUCGUGGCUGCUGUAGAAGGUGCUGUGAAAAUCAACACUGGCGAGUUGAUCUCAUUAUCUGAGCAACAAUUGGUUGACUGUGAUGAACGGAACUCUGGGUGUCAUGGAGGUAAUAUGGAUAGUGCCUUCAAAUAUAUAAUACAAAAAGGUAUUGUUAGUGAAGCAGAUUAUCCAUACCAAGAAGGUAGCCAGACAUGUCAAUUAAAUGAUCAAAUGAAAUUCGAAGCUCAAAUAACAAAUUUUAUAGACGUACCUGCCAAUGACGAACAACAACUACUACAAGCUGUAGCACAACAACCAGUAUCAGUUGGCAUUGAAGUUGGUGAUGAAUUUCAACAUUACAUGGGAGAUGUUUAUUCAGGAACAUGUGGACAAUCAAUGAACCAUGCAGUUACUGCAGUUGGUUACGGUGUAAGUGAAGAUGGAACUAAGUAUUGGUUGAUUAAGAAUUCUUGGGGUAAAGGUUGGGGUGAAGAAGGCUACAUGAAGUUGUUGAGGGAAAGUGGUGAACCAGGAGGUCAAUGUGGCAUUGCUGCACAUGCUUCUUAUCCCAUCAUAUAAUAUUUUUAUACGAAUUUCACAAUGUUAUAAAUAAGUUUUCUAUUAAUUUCCUUUUACUGAAGUUCUUCGUAUUCGUGCUUAUAUUGUACUGAAAUUCU